ACUUGUCUGCCAAUCUCCCUCCCAGUACUUCCAUGGCCGCAGAGAACAUGCCAACAAUACUGAUUCCAAUCAAGCUCACGAGUGAUAUAUAUAACUAUCGAGAGUGGAAGUUUUUCACUCUUUCAUAUUUUCACCACCACCAUCUUUCUGGAAUCAUUGACGGAACAGAGCCUCCUCCUGAUCUGCAAUCCCAAUAUCCUGACUUUAUUAAAUGGUGGAGAAGAGAUCAAGAGGCUUUAAACUGGCUGAAAGCCACUCUAUCUGAUGGUCUCCGACAACGUGUCAUGGUCACAGCCGACUCUGCACGAAAGGUCUGGCUCAAUCUGGAGGCACACUUUGCCGGUCUCGUUCACACUGACAUCCAUAGGAUCAAAUAUCAUCUGCACAAAGUGAGGAAAGAUGCCACUAUGUCAAUGGCUGACUAUCUCAAACAAAUCAAAGAGCUGGCGGAGAUGCUUGCAGACGCUGGUGCUCCUGUGGAAGAUCGCGACCUUCUUCAUCUACACAUCCUGCCGGGAUUGCCAGAGGAGUAUAAUCCCUUUCGUGCAUGGAUAAACAACAAUCCUCUAAUAAGUUUUUGGGAUGAGUUUCAAGACUUACUGUUGAAGGAGGAAGUACAUCUGGAUGAACAGAGCAGAAGUGCUGCCAUAAAUCAUUAUCAGGAUGGCCGAGAAGAAGACCAUGCCAUCGGGAUCGAUCUGGGAACAACGUAUUCCCGAGUAGCCGUGUGGCAGAAGGAUCAUGUGGAAAUCAUACUGAAUGAUCACGGGAACAGGAAGACUGCAUCUUAUGUUGCCUCCGCAGAAGCUGAUGAGACUGUUUUGGUAGGCGAUGCAGCAUUUAACCAAGUCGUCAGAAACACCGCCAACUCAAUUUUUGAUACAAAGAGGUUAAUCGGUAGGAGAUUCAGUGACACCUCUGUUCAAAGUGAUGUGAAGCUCUGGCCAUUCAAGGUCAUUGAAGGCCCAGGCGACAAGCCCAUGAUUUUGGUUACCCACAAUGGCCAAGAGAAACAAUGUUAUGCUGAAGAUAUCACAGCCAUGGUUCUUGAUAAGAUGCGGAAGAUUGCCGAGAACUACCUGGGCUCAACUGUGAAAAGUGCAGUAAUCACUGUCCCUGCUUACUUCGGUGACUCACAGCGUCGGGCAACAAAAGCUGCUGGUCUUUCUGCAGGCAUAAAUGUGAUGCGUAUUAUGAACGAACCGAGCGCUGCGGCCAUUUCUUUUGGCCUUACAAGAAGGCCGGGUGGAGUAGCCCGCGAAACGUACGUGAUGAUAUUUGAUUUGGGUGGUGGCACUUUAGAUGUGUCCUUGCUUACCAUGAGCACUUCUGGUGACUUUCAAGUCAAGGCAACGGCUGGAGACACUCACCUUGGCGGCCAAGACUUCGAUAACAGAUUGGUGAACUACUGUGCUGAGAAAUUCAAGAGGGAGCAUAAAUUGGACGUUAGUGGAAACAAGAGAGCUCUUAGGAGGUUAAAAAAUGAAUGUGAGAAGGCAAAGAAGAGACUCUCAUUUGAGUCUGACAUUGACGUUGAAAUUGACUGUUUGUGUGAGAAUACUGAUUUCACCGUAACUUUUACUCGUGCCAUAUUUGAACAAGUAAACAUGGAUUUAUUCAUCAAGUGUAUGGAUCCUGUGAAAAAGUGUUUGGCGUAUGCAAAAAUGAACAUAAACGGUGUCGAUGAUGUUCUUCUUGCUGGCGGCUCUUCUAGAAUUCCAAUGGUGCAGCAGCUAUUACAGAAGUUUUUCAAGGGGAAGGAGCUGUGCAAGGGCGUCAAUCCAGAUGAGGCAGUGGCUUAUGGUGCCGCUAUUCAAGCCGCAGCCUUGAGUGGGAAUGGAAAGGGGAAGUUUAUUCAAGACUUCACUCUCAAGGAUGUCACUCCUCUGCCGCUUGUUAUGGAGGAUAACCAUGCAAUUGGGAUUGAUCUGGGGACAACUUAUUCGUGUGUGGCAACGUGGCAGGCUGAUCAUGUAGAAAUCCUGGUGAACGAUCACGGUAACAGGACAACUCGAUCUUAUGUUACAUUCACUGAUAGUAAGAGGUUAGUAGGUGAUGAAGCAUUUAACCAAGCCGGGAGAUUCCCCACCAACUCAAUCUUUGAUGCGAAGCGGUUAAUUGGUAGGAGAUUCAGUGACGAAACUGUUCAAAGUGAUAUCAAGCGCUGGCCAUUCAAGGUCAUUAGAGGUGAGGCUGACAAGCCCAUGAUUGUGAUUAAACACAAGGGCCAAGAGAAACUGUUUGCUGCUGAAGAUAUCUCAUCAAUGGUUUUGGCAAAGAUGCGGGAGAUUGCGGAGGCCUUCCAUUGCUCAAAGAUUAGUGAGAAAAAGGCAGUUAUCACUGUCCCCUCUUACUUCAACGACUCUCAGCGCCAGGCUACAUUAAAAGCUGGUAAAUUAGCCGGCUUAAAUGUGCUGCGUAUUAUCAACGAACCAACUGCUGCAGCCAUAGCUUAUGGCAUCGACAAGAAAGCCGGUUGGUUUAAUAAGAGAAACGUGAUGAUAUUUGAUUGGGGUGGUGGUACAUUGGAUGUGUCGCUACUAACCAUAGGCCAUGGUGUCUUUGACGUGAAGGCGACUGCCGGAGACACUCACCUUGGAGGUGAAGACUUGGAUAACAGAAUGGUGGAUUACUGCGUCGACGAAUUCAAGACAAAAAAUGAGGUGGACAUUUGUGGAAACCCGAAAGCUCUUAGGAAGGCCAAAACCGUGUGUGAGAAAGCAAAGAAGGCACUUUCAUUUUGCUUUGACAUUGAUAUUGUAAUCGACUCUUGGUAUAACGGUGAAGAUUUUAAUACAACUUUCACCCGGGACAAAUUCGAAGAAAUGAACAUGGAUAUCUUCAACAAGUGCAUGGAGCUUGUGAAAAGGUGUUUGAAGGAUGCCAAAAUGGACAUAAGCGACGUCAAUGACGUUGUUCUUGUUGGUGGUUCUUCUAGAAUCCCCAAGGUGCAAGAGCUAUUGCAGAAGUUUUUCAUGGGCAAGGAGUUGUGCAAGAGCAUUAAUCCCGAUGAGGCCGUGGCUUAUGGAGCCGCUGUUGAAGCUGCAGUCUUGAGUGGGAACGUGACGGGAAAGCUUCAAGACUUCACACUCUUGGAUGUCAUCCCAAUGUCACUUGGGACGGAAUGUGGUCAUGAAAACCGUAUGGCCGUCAUGAUCCCAAGAAACACCAAAAUUCCCACAAGGAAGCACCAAAUUUUCUCUACCCUCCGUGACAACCAAACGAACGUCCUCUGUGGAGUUUUCGAGGGAGAGAAUGAGUUCACCAGAGAUAAUAAUUACUUGGGUGGAUUUACCAUGUAUGGCAUUCCUCCAGCCCCUAAGGGAGUUGGUAAAGUAGAUGUUUGCUUUUCUAUCGAUGCAAAUGGAAUUCUGAAUGUUUCCGCUGAGGUCAUGUCCACCGGCCAAAAGAAAGCCAUUACAAUCAACAGUGAUAGAUGAACUUUUUCGGAAUUAACAGA